AUGAUUCCGGUGAAUAACCCUUCCAAUGAAGGAUUUUAUAUGCCGCACCAUGCGGUAAUCAAAUCAUCGAGCAGCACGACCCGGGUUCGUGUCGUGUUCGAUGCAUCGGCAAAAACGAGUAAUGGCACAUCGUUAAACGAUAGGUUGAUGGUGGGGCCGACUAUUCAAGAUACGUUAUUCGUUCACUUAAUUCGAUUCCGUACGUAUAAAUAUGUUCUCACAGCAGACAUAGAAAAAAUGUAUAGGCAGAUAUUGUUGCACGAGGAUGAUCAGAUGUACCAACGAAUACUCUGGCGCCAGAACGAUCAAAUAAAGACUUUGCAACUUAACACCCUUACAUUCGGCGUAUCCUCGUCGCCGUAUCUGGCUAUACGAACCAUUCAAAAACUAGCCGAUGAUGAGCACGACGCGUAUCCUGACGCCGCCCGAGUUCUCAAAACGCACUUAUACGUAGAUGACUUACUUACAGGUACGAAUACCGUUAGCGAAGCUCGCGCGUUACGGGAUGACAUAAUCACGGUACUUUCUCGAGGCGGUUUUAAUAUCCGACAAUGGGCGUCGAACGACGAACGUAUCAUUAACGAUUUAACCCCCGAUGCGGUGAAUACUAAUCUCAUGCUCGAUAAAAACAACCCCUUGAAAACAUUAGGCAUAGCAUGGCGCGCACACAACGACAAGUUAUGUUACUCGGUCCGCUCGAUCGAGCACGCCGAAAGAAUCACAAAGCGAACGAUUUUUUCCGAAAUCGCGAAGAUUUUUUAUCCUUUAGGCAUCUUAGGCCCUGUCAUAUUAUAUGCUAAAAAAUUGAUGCAGAAUUUAUGGCGGUGCAAGGUAGAUUGGGAUGAGUCCGUCCCAUCCAAUAUACACAAAACGUGGAUAGAGUUCGCAACUCAAUUAGAUUUAAUGAAUGAAUUAUCCAUUGAUCGCCAUGUAUUGAUUUCGGAUUACACCGAUGUUCAAAUACACGGAUUCAGCGACGCGAGUAACAUCGGUUACGGUGCCUGCAUUUACCUUCGUUCGACCGAUCAACGCAACAAUGUACGUUGUCAUCUACUUUGUGCGAAAUCUCGCGUCGCACCAUUAAAACCCGUGACCAUACCGCGUCUCGAAUUAUGCGGUGCGCUCCUGCUAGCCAAAUUAUAUCGCGAGGUGCAUCGUGCGUUAGGAAUAUCCCCUAGCAAGACGAUGUUAUGGAGUGACUCGACUAUUGCGUUACAUUGGGUGAAAACUCCACCUCAUCUAUUAAAAACGUAUGUGUCUCACCGCGUUGCUCAAAUUCAAGAAAUUACGGACUCACAAGCGUGGCGACAUAUCCGAUCAGAGGAUAACCCGGCCGACGCGCUAUCACGGGGUCAGUUACCGCAGGCUUUCCUGAAUAACCAAUCAUGGUUUUCCGGACCAUUGUGGCUAACGAAAGAUGAAGGCAAAUGGCCUAACGGUAUCAUAGAAUUAAGGGAAUUACCCGAAUUACGAAAAAAUAUAUGUAUAGCGACGGUUUCUAACGAUUGUAGCUUCCUUAAGAAAUAUUCGUCAUAUUCACGAUUACUAAGAGUUACAGCAUUAUGCCUCCGUUUUCGACCAAAGAAUACUUACCGCGGGCAGCUAGGCACAACGGAAAUAAAUGACGCGGAAACGAGAAUUAUAAAAAUCAUUCAAGAAUCUUGUUUUUCACGCGAAUUGAAUGAACUUGCGAAUGGGCGCCCGGCAAAGAAAAGCAAUAUUGCAGCGCUAAAUCCGUUUCUCGACGAAAAUGGUUUGAUUCGCGUCGGCGGACGCCUCAGACUAUCAAGGUUAGCCUUCUCGCAAAAGCACCCAAUUUUACUACCAAGUCAUUAUUUCUUAACGGAUUUAAUUAUAAAAGAAACGCAUGAAAAAUACUACCACGCCGGCAUACAAACGACUUUGUAUACAAUUAGACGCAAAUUUUGGCUACUCGACGGUCGAAACCAGGUGCGUAAAAUCAUACGAUCAUGCAUACGUUGCUUUCGAUUCAACGCCGGCUCGGUCGAUUACAAAAUGGGCGAUUUACCUAAAUCCCGAGUGAGUAACACGACUCCCUUCGAUAAUACCGGGAUCGAUUUCUGCGGCCCUUUCUACAUUAAGGAGAAAAAGUAUCGAAAUCAAAAGCGGAUCAAAGUAUACGUGUGUGUGUUCGUAUGUAUGGCCGUAAAGGCAGUACAUUUAGAAAUCGUAAGCGACAUGACCACCGAUGGUUUCUUAGCAGCCUUGCGUCGCUUUAUAGCGAGACGAGGGAUACCGACACGCGUCUACUCGGACAAUGGAACUAACUUUGCAGGUGCGAAUAAUCACCUGAGAGAACUAUAUGUUCUAUUCAACUCCGAUGAACACAGGAAUCGUACGAAUCGAUUCUCGGUUGAACAUCACAUUACGUGGCAUUUUAUACCUCCCAUAGCUCCACAUUUCGGUGGACUAUGGGAAUCCACUGUAAAACUAUUUAAACAUCAUUUUAAGCGUGUUGUCGGUGAGCUCUUGUUUACAUUUGAGGAACUGAAUACCUUUACUAUAGAAGUCGAAGGAAUAUUAAAUUCCAGACCCAUCUGCGCUCUCUCAUCCGAUCCCAAUGAUCUGUCUGUCCUUACACCUGCACAUUGCUUAAUCGGCAGACCACUGAUUAAUAUGCCCGAGCCUGAUCUCUCGUCUGUCCCAGCCAACCGUCUGUCCACCUGGAAGCACACCAUGAAGGUGCGACAAGAUUUCUGGGCUCGCUGGAACCUGGAAUAUGUCAACGAGCUCCAAGUCCGUACUAAAUGGACUAAAGACAGAGAAAAAAUCAGCGUCGGAACAAUCGUCCUCAUCAAGGAAAAGGGCCUUCCCUGCGGUCAAUGGGCGCUAGGGAGAAUCGAAGAAAUCCAUCCAGGACAAGAUGGAGUGGUGCGAGUCGUUUCCGUGAAAACGGCAACCGGAACAUUAAAGCGAACCGUGAAGUGUCUAUGUCCACUUCCCUUCGAUCAAUAA